AUGAAGUUCCUCAUCGUCUUCGUUGCCCUCUUCGCCCUGGCCGUGGCCGCUCCUGAUGCUGAGAUCCUCCGCCAGGAUUCCGAUGUCGGCCCCGAGAGCUUCAGUUACGGGGUGGAGACUAGCGAUGGCUUUUCUGCCAAUGCUGCGGGACAGCUGAACAACGUUGGAUCCGAUCACGAGUCCCUCGCCGUCCAGGGCUCCUACCGAUAUGUUGGCGAUGAUGGCGUCACCUACGAGGUCAAGUACGUCGCCGAUGAGAACGGAUUCCAGCCCCAGGGUGCCCAUCUGCCCGUGGCCUAA